UCCAGUCGUCAAGGCCAGAUACUGCCCGUGGGGCCGGACACUGACAUGAUAGGGGGUGUAGGAGGGGAGGGUAUGGGCUCCAUGGGAGGCGGGGGUCCCAAACCCCAAGAGGACUUCUCUGGGGUGGAACAGGGCGUUACCAUGGAUAACAUGCAGUCUGUGAUGGAGCCUCUGCAGUUUGACUACAACUCCCAGAUGGCCAUGGACUCGCAGCCUACCGUGGGCCUGUUCGACUACAGCAACCAACAACAGGUGUGUGUGAUGACGACCAUGGACUCCUCUACUAAUGCAACCAGCAGAGGUGUAUGUGUGUGUAUCCUAACGUGUGUGACUGUGAGCAUAACGUGUGUGUGUGUGUGUGUGUGUAUAAUAUAACCUGUGUAUAUACAGUGCAUUCGGAAAGUAUUCAGACCCCUUGACUUUUUCCACAUUUUGUUACGUUACUGCCUUAUUCUAAAAUUGAUUAAAUUGUUUAUUUUCCCCCCUCUUCAAUCUACACACAAUACCCCAUAAUGACAAAGCAAAAACAGGUUUUUAUACAUUUUUGCAAGUGUAUUAAAAAUAAACAACAGAAAUACCUUAUUUACAUAAGUGUUCAGACCCUAUGAGACUCGAAAUUGAGCUCAGGUGCAUCCUGUUUCUAUUGAUCAUCCUUGAGAUGUUUCUACAUCUUGAUUGGAGUCCACCUGUGGUAAAUUCAAUUGAUUGGACAUGAUUUGGAAAGGCACACACCUGUCUAUAUAAGGUCCCACAGUUGACAGUGCAUGUCAGAGCAAAAACCAAGCCAUGAGGUGGAAGGAAUUGUCCGUAGAGCUCCAAGACAGGAUUGUGUCGAAGGCACAGAUCUGAGGAAGGGUACCAAAAACAUUUCUGCAGCAUUGAAGGUACCCAAGAACACAGUGGCCUCCAUCAUUCUUAAAUGGAAGAAGUUUGGAACCACAAAGACACUUCCUAGAGCUGGCCGCCCGGCCAAACUGAGCAAUCGGGGGAGAAGGGCCUUGGUCAGGGAGGUGACCAAGAACCCGAUGGUCACUCUGACAGAGCUCCAGAGUUCCUCUGUGGAGAUGGGAAAACCUUCCAGAAGGACAACCAUCUCUGCAGCACUCCACCAAUCAGGCCUUUAGUCCCGUGUAGCUCAGUUGGUAGAGCAUGGUUCGUUUCCCACGGGGGACCAGUAUUAAAAAAUAUAUAUAUGUAUGCACUCACUAUAACUGUAAGUCGCUCUGGAUAAGAGCGUGUGCUAAAUGACAAAAAAACAAAAAAAAUAUGGUAGAUUGGCUAGACGGAAGCCACUCCUCAGUAAAAGGCACAUGACAGCCCGCUUGGAGUUUACCAAAAAGCACCUAAAGGACUCUCAGACCAUGAGAAACAAGAUUAUCUGGUCUGAUGAAACAAAGAAAGAUGAACGGAGCAAAGUACAGAGAGAUCCUUGAUGAAAACCUGCUCCAGAGCUCUCAGAACCUCAGACUGGGGCGAAGGUUGACCUUCCAACAGGACAACGACCCUAAGCACACAGCCAAGACAACGCAGGAGUGGCUUCGGGACAAGUCUGAAUGUCCUGGAGUGGCCCAGCCAGAGCCCGGACUUGAACCCGAUCAAACAUCUCUGGAGAGACCUGAAAAUAGCUGUGCACCGAUGCUCCCUAUCCAACCUGACAGCACUUGAGAGGAUCUGCAGAGAAACUCCCCAAAUACACGUGUGCCAAGCUUGUAGCGCCAUACCCAAGAAGACUUGAGGCUGUAAUUGUUUAUUUUUAUUUUUAAAUAUUUUCUAACGUGUCUAAAAACCUGUUUUUGCUUUGCCAUUAUGGGGGAUUGUGUGUAGAUUGACGGGGGGGGAAACAAUUUAAUCCAUUUUAGAAUAAGGCUGUAACUUAACAAAGUGGAAAAAGUCAAGGGGUCUGAAUUCCUUCCGAAAGCACAGUAUAUAAUAUAACCUGUGUGUGUAGUUGUUCCAGAGACCCAGUGCUCUAGCAGCCCAACAGCAGCAAUAUGCCUUGGCAGCAGCACAGCAAUCUCACAUUGGUAAGAGACAGAGACAGAGGGAGUGUGUGUUGUUGCUUUCUAUGUUUUAGGUGAAAGACACGAUACUCCACUGACCCAUUUCUGGGCAGUUAUUCAGUGACGAAAAGUUGUUCUUGGACUAGGUGUGUGUGUGUGUGUGUCUCUCUUAGGGCUGGCACAAUUAGCAUAUAACAGUGUAACCGACGGUUAUGGAUGAAGACUGUCAGGAAAAUAAAAUAACAGUCAUAACUGUUUUAAACAUUAAAAAAAAAAAAAUAGUGGGACGAACAGCCUGAAGACCUGGGCAUUCGUGCGGUUGAGUCAGUUUUGGCCGUAACAUGGACUCUUAACACUAGAACCGCCAUAGGCCAACAGCCACUGACGUUUGAUUUUGUAAUAAUAAAAAAAAAGAUUGGCCUAAAAAAAAACCUAUGUCCUGCUCCUUCCCUAACUUUUCCUAAAUGUUUGUAUUUUACACUGCUCAUGUGUCCGAAUUUUGAAAUCACAAACGGAAAGUAUUUAGCGCCUUUUUUACCUGUUAUCACCCCUACUGCUAAGUUACCCCGCCAAGAUAAUGUGCUGUAGGACGUUGGUACCCCAGCCAGGCGCUAAUGCAUCUCUCUCUCCUCACUGAAUCAAUGACAAAUGGAUGAAUGGGUGAUAAUUGUGCACCUUACUUCACAAUGUAAUUUAAAUUAGGACUAAACUGAAUGAUAAGGAAGAGUAAAGAGGUAGAUUUUUAAUUUAAAAGACAAUAGUUUAAUGAUGAGUUGAAUGCCUAUUUAUCAGCAGCAAAUCAUUUGACCGCACGCCUUGGGGUUUGAUACCAUUCUCUUUUACAUUUUACUUUGUAAAAAGAAGUGGUUAUGGGACUGUUUUAUUUACAAUAACUCUAUCACUAAUCAAAUGUAUUGUAAGGGAAGGCCGUUAGAAUAACGCAAAACAUAUCCUCGACUCUAUCCAACUUGAUGAGCAGGUAACAAACGAUGCCAGUCAGCGUGCACAGCCGGCCCAUCGAAACUACACCUAAACUAUACCAAAACUAAUUUCACACAUAGUAAGAGUUAGCCUAUAGACAAUAUUAAAUUGACAGUCUGAUGAGCAUAUUCUGCCGUUGCUAUUACAUUAACCUUUGUUAAAUAACUCUCGUAAUUCAAGAUGUGCAGCUCUAUUUCAAAAUUUCACAUUUUCAAAGAAUAUCCGUGCUGUGCAGGCAUUCAGCACAUGACCACUUGCUCUGGCUUCUAAGCAAAAACUAGUAAUAUAAUAAACUUUAAAGUUAAAGCUAUUCUGUCGUCAAUGGAUGAAUGGCGGAUGGAAAGCAGAUUGAAACUGAUAAUGGUGCAUGUGACUUCAAUGAACUGAAUGAUGAAGAGUUUGAUUGAUCUGAAUGAUGAGGGUGAAGAGGGUUGAAUUUAGAACAAUGUGAUGAUGUAGAUGAAGAAUUGUGGAUGAAAGGCUGGAAUAAUAUAAUAAUAAAUAAUCUCCCCUCAGAGAGUCAAAUCAGACACAGUGCAUUCAGAAAGUAUUCAGACCACUUUACUUUUUCCACAUUUUGUUACGUUACAGCCUUGUUCUAAAAUUGAUUAAAUUGUUAUUUUAUCCCCGUCAUCAAUCUACGCGCAAUACCCCAUAAUGACAAAGCAAAAACUGGUUUUUUAGAAAGGUAUGCUAAUUAAUUACAACAACUAAAAACUUAAAUAGUAUAUUUACAUAAGUAUUCAGACCCUUAACUCAGUGUUGAAGCACCUUUGGCAGCGAUUACAACCUUGAGUCUUCUUGGGUAUGACGCUACAAGCUUGGCACACCUGUAUUUUGGGAGUUUCUCCCAUUCUUCUCUGCAGAUCCUCUGAAGCUCUGUCAGGUUGGAUGGGGAGCGUCGCUGCACAGCUAUUUUCAGGUAUCUCCAGAGAUGUUCGAUCGGGUUCAAGUCCGGGCUCUGGCUAGGCCACUCAAGGACAUUCAGAGACUUGUCCCGAAGCCACUUCUGCGUUGUCCUGUUGGAAGGUGAACCUUCGCCCCAGUCUGAGGUCCUGAAUGCUCUGGAGCAGGUUUUCAUCAAGGAUCUCUCUACUUUGCUCCGUUCAUCUUUCCCUCUAUCCUGACUAGUCUCCCAGUCCCUGCCGCUGAAAAACAUCCCCACAGCAUGAUGCUGCCACCACCAUGCUUCACCGUAGGGAUGGUAUUGGCCAGGUGAUGAGCAGUACCUGGUUUCCUCCAGACGGGAUGCUUGGCAUUCAGGCCAAAAAGUUCAAUCUUGAUUUCAUCAGACCAGAGAAUCUUGUUUCUUUUGGUGCCUUUUGGCAAAUUCCAAGCAGGCUGUCAUGUGUCUUUUACUGAGGAGUGGCUUGCGUCUGGCCACUCUACCAUAAAGGCCUGAUUGGUUUAGUGCUGCAGAGAUGGUUGUUCUUCUGGAAGGUUUUCCCAUCUCCACAGAGGAACUCUGGCACGCUUUCAGAGUGACCAUCAGGUUCUUGGUCACCUCCCUGACCAAGGGUCCUUCCCCUCAAUUGCUCAGUUUGGCCGAGCGGCCAGCUCUGGGAAGUGUCUUGGUGGAUCCAAACUUCUUCCAUUUAAGAAUGAUGGAGGACACUGUGUUCUUGGGGACCUUCAACGCUGCAGAAAUGUUUUGGUACCCUUCCCCAGAUCUGUUCCUCGACACAAUCCUGUCUCGGAGCUCUACGGACAAUUCCUUCGACCUCAUUGCUUAGUAUUUGCUCUGACAUGCACUGUCAACUGUGGGACCUUAUAUAGACAGGUGUGUGCCUUUCCAAAUCAUGUCCAAUCCAUUGAAUUUACCACAGGCGGACUCCAAUCAAGUUGUAGAAACAUCUCAACAAUGAUGGAAACGGGAUGCACCUGAGCUCAAUUUCAUGUCUCAUAGCAAAGGGUCUGAAUACUUACGUAAAUAUGGCCUUUCUGUUUUUAUUUUUCAUAAAUUAGCAAAAAUGUAUAAAAACCUGUUUUUGCUUUGUCAUUAUGGGGUAUUGUGUGUAGAAAAAGAAUGUAUUUAAUCCAUUUUAGAAUCAGGCUGUAACGUAACAAAAUGUGGGUCUGAAUACAUUCCCAAUGCACUGUAUGCUAAGGUGGAUGCUCGUCAACGUUCUCUAGUGGGUACUUAUAUGCUGAAAGGCCAGGCGGUUUUAGUGUUAACACUGUGAUGAAACCUUUGCUCCUUGCUGAAUCAUCAAGCAAAUGAGUCUUCGGUUGCCUAGGCAACACCCCUCCCACAAUGCAGCAGCACACAUAUAGAAAUAGAAUGAAUAGAACAUGCUUGGAAACCUAACACUGUUUGUUUGACUGGUAAACUCAUGCUCCAGGGGAGAACGACUGUCCCCUCUCAUUGAAGCAACGAAGUUCCAGGCCGACCGCGUUACUGCAGGCAUUGUUAGCAGAAAACAGGAUCCCCAUUAUAGUUAAGGGGAAAAUGUCAAUCUUCAUGUUUAAUUUUUUUAAAAAAAAAAGACUAUCAUGGCACCAAUAAUUAAUUCCACUACACCAGAUGUCCUUGAACCGAUUUUAUUUAAAAAAUCACACACAGACGUUAUAAGAUCAUUUAGUAGCUAAUGGCAGCCUGCAGGACCCUGGGUGGCUUUCAACUUGAGUUACUCAAUGAGAGGAGGCAGCAGUGUGCUAGCCUGCAACGUCACCUCUGGAGUAGCUCACACUGUGUUGAUGUCUCCAUGAGACGCCAUCUUUAACCGCCUUCCAGGGCUUCAAAUGCGUUAUUGAGUCUUCACAUGGGAAUGAACGGUGUCACGUGAACGAUGGCUUUGUCAGUAUACAGUAAUUGGUACACUCACAGUGGCUGCCCGGUAUUGUGAUGCAAUAAUUUCCAUGGUAAUGUAAAAUGUUCAUUCAAAUGAUGUUAACUGAUGUGGCUCAUGCAAUUCAAUUAUUUAUUUUUUUGUCAGUUGAGCCGAAUCAGCAAAUCAUUGCACAUAUUUUAACACAUAUUUUACUUCCUGCAUUGUUCCUGUGGGUACACUUGCAAUGGCCGCCAGUCCACCCAUUAUGCCACCAUUGUCAUGAAUGGGGAUGGCUGUUGUAUUCAUUCUCUUUCUAUGGCAGCACGUGUAGUCAGGAGCGGAGGAGAGGAGAAAAUGUGUUUGUUUUUUUUCUGGCCAGUUACGUCAACCAAAAUUCCAUGACUGUUACAGCCCUAGUCUCUCUUUCUCUCUGACCUUUUUAUUUCUUUGUGUGUUUUCAGGUUUGGCUCAAGCGUUUGUUCCCAACCCUUACAUCAUCAGUACCGGUCCGCCUGGAACGGACCCCUACGCUGCUGGACUGGCAGCUGCUGCAACUCUGGGUAAGACACGCACACUCUCCUGCCAUUUUUUAACAUUUCAUAUCCAGCGGUGAUGCCUCCCCAGUACUAUGGUAACAUAAUGACAGUCCAGCGUGCAGACAUUUUACAUUUACAUUUACAUUUACGUCAUUUAGCAGACGCUCUUAUCCAGAGCGACUUACAGUUAGUGCAUACAUUAUUCUUCUUUUUUUUUUUCAUACCCCAUGGGAAAACGAACCCACAAACCUAGCGUUGCAAACGCCAUGCUCUACCAACUGAGCUACCUCCCUGCGGCCAUUCCACCCCUACAAUAGGGUGGUCCCAGGAAUCUAACCGACUGUCUUGGCGUUGCAACCACCAUCCUAUACCAACAAACUUAGUGUGUGUGUGUGUGUGUGUGUUCAGGCCCAGCAGUGAUGCCUCCCCAGUACUACGGGGUCACUCCCUGGGGAGUGUAUCCAGCCAAUCUGUUCCAGCAACAGGCUACAGCUGCCAACAACUCAGCCAAUCAACAGGCUCAAGGACAGAACCAGCAGAACCAACAACAGGUCAGUGGCUUCCUAUUGGCUAGACCUCUCCUCGUUAGAUAAAGCUACUGUCAGACAUUUUAGCUUCAGUGCUCACCGCUUUGUGGUUGUAGGAUUACUACAAGCCACCCCCCCCAGAGAAAGUAUUUAUGCAAUCAUGCACAUUAUUUUGUGCAAUGUCACGUUGUCAUUUUACUAAGGACCUUGUGGAGUACAACCAGCCCUCCCGCUCCUCAGCGUUUCCCAUUGGCUCAGUCUCAGACCCUCUGCCCUCCUAUUGGCGAACCUUUUUUGUAACCCCAGGUGAUGCGUGGGGGCGGUAACCAGCGACCCCUGACCCCUAGCCAAGGUCAACAGGGUCAGCAGAACGACCAGCUGAUCUCCGCCGCAGCAGUCAACUCAGCGCUCGCCUUCGGACAGGGGCUGGCUGCCGGCGUGCCUGGUGAGCAAGAUACUUACUUACACACACUCACACACACAUGCACACACACACCGAUUAACCCAUGAGUUCCUCUCUACAGGCUAUCCCAUGCUGGCUCCAGCUGCUUACUAUGACCAGACAGGGGCGCUAGUGGUCAACACAGGAUCUAGGGGCGGACCCGUACGCCUCAUGGCACCCGCGGGGUCUGUUAUUAUCUCUCCAUCCGCUGCACAAGCAGGUAACUCACUUCUCCUUUUACACUAUCUCUCCAUCUGUCACUCAAUCACCCUAAUACAUUAUCUCUCCAUCACUUGUAUCAGCCCACCAGACUCUCUCACUUAUGAUGCUUUAUUUAUGUCUCUCUCUCUACCCCUCUCUCUCUACCCCUCUCUCUACCUACCCCUCUCUCUGCAACCCCGUCUCUACUCUCCCCUCUCUCUCUACCCCCUCUACCCUACCCCCCUCUACUCUCUACCCCCCCUCUCCACCUACUACCAACCCCCUCUCUCUCAACACCCACCUCUCCUACCCCCACCCUCUCUCUAACCCCCUCUCUCUCUACCCCCCUCUCUCUCACCCCCUCUCUCUCUACCCCCUCUUCUCUACCCCCUCUCUCUAUCCCUACUCUCUCUCUACCCCCUCUUCCUCACUCCUCUCGCUCUACUCUUCGACUCUCUCCCCUUCUCUCUCUACCCUCUCUCUCUCACCCCCUCUCUCUACGCCUCACUCUCUCUCUCUCUACCCCCUCUCUCUCUACCCCCUCUCUCUCUACCCCUCUCUCUCUACCCUCUCUCUCUCUCUCCAGUGGCGGCUGCAGCAGCUGCGGGUGGUGGGGCUAACGGCGGUAUGGGAGGCGGGGCCAAUGGUCCGUUCCGAGCCAUGCAAUCCCAGCAGCCUCAGCAGCAGGGGGGAGGGGCUAUGUCAGGAAACUCUUUUUAUGGAUCCCUCUCUUAGCAACUCCUCUCAGAGCUCCUCCCUCUUCUCUCAAGGUAGCCAAUCAAUGUACUGUGAGUGAAAAACAAAACGGGUGAAUUGGCAGAGGUCGGUUCCAGGCCGACUACAUUGGAGACGUUGCAUUGCAUCAGCCAAUGGUAGCAUGCAGCGUCAUAGACUGUGCAGUCGGGCAUCAGAUUCCUAUAUCAUGUGGUAGUUCAUAUGUCAAAAACCUGUCUAGGCAUUGUGAGAUCUGGCAGGUGUCUGUAAUGUAGUCAGCCUGGAACGUGACCAAAAUGUGUGUUUAAAAAAAAAAAAAAAUGCUUUCGUUUUACCAUUUUAAAAUUCAGUGACAAAUUUAGAUUAACAAAGGUGAUUGGUUGUUUUCUCUAAAGGCUCCGCCCAGCCGGGCCCUGGCUCCGCCUCUCUGGGUUUUGGUCAGAGCAGCUCUUCACUCGGUGCAACACUGGGAGCUACGUUGGGCGGCUUUGGUACUGCAGGUGUGUAUGUGUGGUGGUUUGUGCAACCCCAAGGCUCAGUAGACUUAAGAAUGGAGAGCAGGGAUGGGCACGGUUAUUAGAGUAUUCGAACGGACGUUAGUAUUCAAUUACUUGCGAGAAUAUUCGUUUUUUGAAAAAUAAAAUAAAUGCUUAUUUUAAUGAGGGCUUUGUCUAAAAUGUAAUUAUCUGUGAGAUUUGUACAUACAGGGAUAAACCAUGACAUUAGAAAUGUUAAUAAAACAACAGAUUUAUGGCCGUUUUUAUGGGUGCACCCCAUUUAAAAAAAAGACUGGUAGCCCUACACACUUUUCACCUGUGUAGCUUGUUAUUGUCGGUCAAUCAAAGCAGCACUACCGUCAGAGGCUUCAUGUGUAGCAAGUGAAGUAGAAAUCAAAUCAAAUGGUAUUAGUCACAUGCUUCGUAAACAACAGGUGUAGACAAACAGUGAAACGCUUACUCCCUUACUUCCCAACAAUACAGAGAAAAAUAAUGAGACAGGGAAUAUAGAUACACAAUGGGUAAGGAUAACUUGGAUAUAUACACGGGGUACCAGUACCAAGUCAAUAUGCAGGGGUACCAGUACCAAGUCGAUAUGCAGGGGUACCAGUACUGAGUCCAUGUGCAGGGGUACCAGUACUGAGUCCAUGUACAGGGUUUACGAGGUAAUUGAGGUGGAUAUGUACAUAUUGGCAGGGAUAAAGUGACUAGGCAACAGGAUAGAUAAUAAACAGUAACAGCAGCGAAUGUGAUGAGUUAAAAGAGUUAGUGCAAAAAGGGUCAAAUGCAGAUAGUCCGGGUAGCUAUUGUUUAACUAUUUAACUAUUUAGCAGUCUCAUGGCUUGGGGGUAGAAGCUCUUCAGGGUCCUGUUGGUUCCAGACUUGGUGCAUAGGUACUGCUUGCCAUGUGGUAGCAGAGAGAACAGUCUGACUUGGUGGCUGGAGUCCUUGAUCAUUUUUAGGGUCAUCCUCUGACACCGCCUGGUAUAGAGGUACUGGAUGAUGUACUGGAUGAUGUACUGGAUGAUGUACUGGGCCGUCUGCACUACCCUCUGUAGAGCUUUGCAGUCGGAUGCCAAGCAGUUGCCAUACCAAGUGGUGAUGCAGCCAAUCACUGUAUAAUUUUUGGAUGAUCUGAGGGCCCAUGCCAAAUCUUUUCAGCCUCUUGAGGGGGAAGAAGCGUUGGACCAAGAUAAUUCCUUAGUGAUGUUGACACAGAAGAACUUGACGCUCUCGACCUGCUCCACUACAGCCCCAUCGAUGUUGAUUGGGGGCGGGCUCGGCCCACCGUUUCCUGUAGUCCAUGAUCAGCUCCUUUGUCUUGCUGACGUUGAAGGGAGAGGUUGUUUUCCUGGCACCACACUGCCAGGUCUCUGACCUCCUCCCUAUAGGCUGUUUCAUCUGUGAUCAGGCCUACCACCGUUGUGUCGUCUGCAAACUUAAUGAUGGUGUUGGACUCGUGCGCGGCCACGCAGUCGUGGGAGAACAGGGAGUGCAGGAGGGGACUAAGCACGCACCCCUGAAGGGCCGCCAUGUUGAGGGUCAGCGUGGCGGAUCCUGGGGGCGGCCCGUCCAGGAUCCAGUUGCAGGUGUUUAAUCCCAGGGUCCUUAGCUUAGUGAUGAGGGCACUGGUGUUGAACGCUGAGCUGUAGUCAAUGAACAGCAUUCUCACGUAGGUGUUCCUUUUGUCCAGGUGGGAAAGGGCAGUGUGGAGAGUACAAGAUAUUGCGUCAUCUAUGGAUCUGUUUGGGCGGUAUGCAAAUUGCAGUGGGUCCAGGGUGUCUGGGAUGAUGGUGUUGACGUGUGCCAUGACCAGCCUUUCAAAGCAUUUCAUGGCUACAGAUGUGGGUGCUACGGGGCGAUAGUCAUUUAGACAGGUUACCUUGGCAUUCUUGGGCACAGGGACUAUGGUGGUCUGCUUGAAACAUGUAGGUAUUACAGACUAGGUCAGGGAGAGGUUGAAAAUGUCAGUGAAGACACUUGCCAGCUGCUCAGCGCAUGCUUUGAGUACACGUCCUGGUAAUCCGUCUUGCCCUGCAGCCUUGUGAAUGUUAACCUGUUUAAAGGUCUUACCCACAUCGGCUACGAAGAGCGUGAUCACACAGUCGUCCGGAAUAGCUGGUGCUCUCAUGCAUGGUUCAGUGUUGCUAGCCUCGGAGCAAGCAUAGAAUGUAUUUAUCUCGUCUGGUAAUCUGUUAUAGUUUGCAAGCCCUGCCACAUCCAAUGAGCAUCAGAGCCGGUGUAGUACGAUUCGAUCUUCGUCCUGUAUUGACACUUUGCGUGUUUAAUGGUUAUUUGGUGGUUGUAGCGGGAUUUCUUAUAAGCGUCCGGAUUAGUGUCCCGCUCCUUGAAAUCGGCAGCUCUAGCCUUUAGCUCAGUGCAGAUGUUGCCUGUAAUCCAUAGCUUCUGGUUGGGAUAUGUACGUACGGUCACUGUGGUGAAUACGUUGUUGAUGCACCUAUUAAUGAGCCAGUGACUGAUGUGGUAAACUCCUCAAUGCCAUUGGAUGAAUCCCAGAACAUAUUCCAGUCUAUGCUAGUGAAACAGUUCUGUAGCUUAGCAUCCGCUUCAUCUGACCACUUCCGUAUUGAGCGCGUCACUGGUACUUCCUGUUUGAGUUUUUGCUUGUAAGCAGGAAUCAACAGGAUAGAGUUAUGGUCAGAUUUGCGAAAGGGAGGGAGAGCUUUUUAUGCAUCUGUGUGUGGAGUAAAGGUGAUCUAGAGUUUUUUCGCCUCAUGCUGGUAGAAAUACGGUAAAACGGAUUUCAGUUUUCCUGCAUUAAAGUCACUGGCCAUUAGGAGCGCCGCUGGGUGUGUAUUUUCUUAUUUUCUUAUGACCUAUACAGCUCGUUGAGUAUGGUCUUAGUGCCAGCAUCGAUUUGUGGUGGUAAAUAGACAGCUACUAAAAAUAUCGAUCAAAACUCUCUUUUUAAAUAUUAUGGUCUACAGCUUAUCAUGAGGUAUUCUAACACAGGUGAACAGAACCUCAAGACCUCCUAAUAUUAGAGAUUGCACACCAGCUGUUGUUAACAAAGAGAGACACCCCCUCCCCUGAGCUUCCCCGAUGUUGCCGAUCUGUCAUGCCGAAAGAUAAACCAGCUAGAUUUAUAUUUACAAUGUACUCGUUCAGUCACAACUCUGAGAAACAUAGGAUAUUACAGUUCUUCAGAUCAGUCUCGAACGGAGCUCAUCCAGUUUAUUCUCCAGUGAUUGCACGUUCACCAAUAGAAUGGAGGGUAGAGGCGAUUUUUUUGUCCACUCUCUGACGUAGUCUUGUCAGGUAUCCCAAACGCUAGCCUCUAUUGCACCGUCUCCUCCUCCUUCGAGUGUCGGGGAUUUGUGCCUGGUCUGGAAUAAUACAUGUAUUUAUCCUCCGACUCAUUGAAGUAGAAGUCCUCUUUUCAAAUCAAGGUUAGUGAUCACUGUUCUGAUGUCCAGAAGCUCUUUUCGGUCAUACGAAACAAUGGCAGAAACAUUAUGUACAAAAUAAGUUAAGAUCAUCGCAAUAAAAAAUACACAAAAUAGCACAAUUGGUCAGGAGCCCGUAAAACAAACGCUAUUCCCUCCAGUGCCUUUCUUCACCAUUGAUUUCUAAUCGAUGCAAAAUGGAAUUACAAUUACGAAAUUAAGUUGGCUAACUGAGGAGUAGGCUACAAUGAUCAACCAACAGGUAGACUGUUGUUUAAUAUGGAGUUGUUUUAGACAAGGUCGCGGGGAGCACAGCAAAAUAGCCUGAAUUAGCCUUGCUAGCUAGCUGGCUAACUAACUUAACUGGCUAGUGUAGCUAGCUAGCUGGCUAACUAACUUAGCAGUCUAGUGUAGCUAGCUAUCUUUACAGCCUUAUUCUAAAAUGGAUGAAAAACUUUUUUUUUCUCAUCAAUCUACACACAAUACCCCAUAAUGACAAAUUAAAACAAGUUUUUUUAUACAUUUUUCUUAAUGUAAUUACAAAGUAACAGAAACCAGCUAAAAAAAACAGCUAGUAUGCAGGGUGUAGAAGCAUCCUAGAAAAACUCCUAGGGAAAACCUAGGAGAAACCUAGAGAGAAACCAGUUGAGGGUGGGCCCACACCUGGCUUGCCGGGGGAGAUUAUAACAGAGAUGCCAAUGUCAAAAAUGUGUGACAAGCUGGUCAAUAAUAAUCAGGAUAAAUCCAGUUGGUUUUCAACAAACCUGAAAACAGGUUCUGACAUUUUGUUAAUGUAUUCAAAGAAAAUUUUUUUACUAAAUUUCAGACUGUUUCUAUAGAUCUGUUUGUUCAUUGUCAUCCUGUUAUGUAAAUUGAUUGACUGUAAAUUUCAAUAGGACAUGAUUUGAAGAACAAAUUUAUGUGGAGGAAAUGCGAGAGAAUGGGAGAAUUCCCUGAAGGUGUAUGUGAUUUAGCGUCAAACCCAAUAGAAGACCAAGCAAUGCAAGGUGUUUACUGUAUAUAUGGUAGGUUGAAUACUUAUGUAUGUGUCAUUUAGUAGUGCUGUAUAGUAUAAAAUGUGGAUACGUCUAAGGGUUCUGAAUAUUCUGAAUGCACUGUAGUGUGAAGCCGUCUGCCGCCAACUAGUACGCUGGUGUUUUUGACGCAGAUAUACCUUAAAAUGAUAGUCAGCUUCGUGGUGAAGGGUGUUUACAAGAACUGGGUUAUGUAGUUCCUACUCGGGCUUCUAAUUUGUGUUAAUACCUGGUAUAGAUCGUAUACUACAACGUGUGGUGUGUGUGUAUAAAUACAUAUAUGUAUAUGUGUAUAAAUACAUAUAUGUAUAUGUGUAUAAAUGUGUAUAUACAUAUGUAUGUAUGUGUGUGUAUAUAUAUGUGUGUGUUAAUGGUCUCUCUGUUUCUCUCCAGUGGCUAACUCCAGCGGUGGCAGCAGUUCUCGUCGUGACUCUCUGACCGGCAGUAGUGACCUGUACAAACGCACGCAGUCCAGCCUCACUCCCAUUGGCCACGGGGGGUUCUACAACGGAACCCUGGGCUUUAGCUCCUCCCCCGGGCCGGUCGGAAUGCCCCUGCCCAACCAAGGCCCCUCCCACUCCCUAACUCCACCCCCCUCUCUGUCCAAUCACAGCUCCUCAUCCAACCUCAACCUGGGUGAGUGACAAGGUCUAUUGUUACCAUGCUGACAUAAAACUUGCCGUGUAUUUUUGGGGGUUAUAACAUUUUAUCAUCGUUAUUAUUAUUAUGUUGUCCAAUCAGCACUAACCAUCCCUCCUCUGAACCCUUCCACAGGAGGUCUGACCAAUGGCAGCGGUCGUUUCAUCUCUGCUGCUCCAGGGGCGGAGGCGAAGUAUCGCAGCGCGAGUUCUGGCUCCUCCCUCUUCUCUCCCAGCAGCCAGCUCUUCCCGUCGUCACGGCUACGCUACGGAAUGUCGGACAUGAUGCCGUCAGGGCGGAGCCGGCUCCUGGAAGACUUCCGGAACAACCGCUACCCCAACCUGCAGCUGAGAGAGAUCGCUGGGCACAUCAUGGAGUUCAGCCAGGACCAGCAUGGCAGCAGGUAGAGACACACACACACAUCAUGGAGUUCAGACAGGACCAGCAUGGCAGCAGGUAGAGACACACACACACAUCAUGGAGUUCAGCCAGGACCAGCAUGGCAGCAGGUAGAGAGACGUAAAGACACACAUCAUGGAGUUCAGCCAGGACCAGCAUGGCAGCAGGUAGAGAGACGUGACACACACAUCAUGGAGUUCAGCCAGGACCAGCACGGCAGCAGGUAGAGAGACGUGAGACACACAUCAUGAGUUCAGCAGGACCAGCAUGGCAGAGGUAGAGAGACGUAGACACACACAUCAUGGAGUUCAGCCAGGACCAGCAUGGCAGCAGGUAAGAGACGUAGGACACACAACAUCAUGGAGUUCAGCCAGGACCAGCAUGGCGAGCAGGUAGAGAGACGUAGGACACACACAAUCAUGGAGUUCAGCCAGGACCAGCAUGGCAGCAGUAGAGAGACGUAAGACAACAACACAUCAUGGAGUUCAGCCAGGACCAGCAUGGCAGCAGUAGAGAGACGUAGACACCACAACAUCAUGGAGUUCAGACCAGGACCAGCAUGGCAAGCAGGUUUCGGAGACAUAAAGACCACACACACCAAUCAUGGAAGUUUCAGCCAGGACCAGCACUGGCAGGGGUAGAGGACGUAGACACACACACACAAUCAUGGAGUUCAGCAGACCAGCAUGGCAGCAGGUAGAGAGACGGGACACCCACACACAUCAUGGAGUUUCAAGCCAGGUGACCAGCACGGCAGCAGGUAGGAGAGACGUAAAGGACACACACACACAUCAUGGGUUCAGCCAGGACCAAGCACGGCAAGCAGGUAGAGGAGACGUAAAGACACCACACACACAUCAUGGAGUUCAGCCCAGGACCAGCAUGGCAGCAGGUAGUAGAGGACGUAGAGAUCCACACACACAUCAUGGAGUUCAAGCCAAGGACCAGCAUGGCAGCAAGGUAGAGGACGUAGAGACACCACACAAAUCAUUGGAGUUCAGCCAGGACCAGCAUGGCAGCAGGUAGAGAGACGUAGACACACACACAUCAUGGAGUUCAGCCAGGACCAGCAUGGCAGCAGGUAGAGAGACGUAGAGACACACAUCAUGGAGUUCAGCCAGGACCAGCAUGGCAGCAGGUAGAGAGACGUAGAGACACACACACAUCAUGGAGUUCAGCCAGGACCAGCAUGGCAGCAGGUAGAGAGACGUAGAGACACACAUCAUGGAGUUCAGCCAGGACCAGCAUGGCAGCAGGUAGAGAGACGUAGAGACACACAUCAUGGAGUUCAGCCAGGACCAGCACGGCUCGCUCGCUCUCUCAUCUCAUUGGUUGGUGAGUGGACCCCCCCCCCAAGCCUUGCUGCCACUCACAACCAUAAAGGGCAAUGGGUUCUAUAACUGCUAAAAGUAUUUUUAGCCAGAUCCUAGUUGGGAUGUCAUGUUUUAUGUUCCUUUUGAUGGCGCAGAAGGCCCUUCUUGCCUUGUCUCUUAGAUAUUUCUCUCUCUCUCUCUCUCUCAUCUCUCUCUACAUCCCUAUGUGGUAAAUAGAAGAACAUUAAUCGAGGAGUGUUGUGAAUCUCCAGGUUUAUCCAGUUGAAGUUGGAGAGGGCCAGCUCAGCAGAGCGUCAGCUGGUCUUUAGUGAGAUCCUCCAGGCUGCCUACCAACUCAUGGUCGACGUCUUCGGAAACUAUGUCAUCCAGAAGUUCUUUGAGGUGUGUGUACACUGAGGAUACCGGACAUUAAGAACAUCUUCCAAAUAUUUGGGGGGGGGUAUUUACGUUGUUGUUUUUUGCCAGGUACUUUCUCCAGAAGUUCUUUGAGUUGUCUGAUUUGUAACAGGCCUGUCUCUCUGUGUGUAACAUUGGUUGUGUGUUUUGCUACAUCAUCAUCUAAAAGUGUGUUAACUGGUCUCUCUCUCUCUCCCUCUCCAUCUGUCUCUCGCUCUGUCCCUCCCUCUCUCUCUCUCUCUCUCUCUCUCUCUGUCUCUCUCUCUCUGUCUCUCUCUCUGUCUCUCGCUCUGUCCCUCGCUCUGUCCCUCCCUCUCUCUCUGUCUCUCUCUCGCUCUGUCUCUCGCUCUGUCCCUCUCUCUCUCUGUGUCUGUCUCUCUGCGUCUGUCUCUCUCUGUCUCUCUGUGUCUCUGUCUCUCUGUGUGUGUAGUUUGGCAGUGUGGACCAGAAGCUGGCUGUAGCUGAGAGGAUCCGGGGUCAUGUCCUGUCUCUGGCCCUACAGAUGUACGGCUGUAGAGUCAUACAGAAGGCACUGGAGUUCAUCCCCUCAGACCAACAAGUUAUAGUAUGUAUUCAACUGCCGUGUGUGUGUACGUACGUGCGCACGCACGCACAUUGUCCAUGUCUGUGUAUGAGAAGCCUCAAAGCGAAGGCCAACUGGAGACUGUUUGUGUGAAUAUGAACAGUAAUUGAGGUGCGUGUUGACUCCUGCUACAGUAGCUUUAAAUGACUUGCAGCUUGUAAAGAGGGCGGCAGGUAGCUUAGUGGAUAAGAGCGUUGUGCCAGUAACCGAAAGGUCGCUGGUUCUAAUCCCCGAGCCGACUAGGUGAAAAAUCUGUCGAUGUGCCCUUGAGCAAGGCACUUAACCCUAAUUGCUCCUGUAAGUCGCUCUGGAUAAGAGCGUCUGCUAAAUGACUAAAAUGUCAAAUGUAGCCGCUAGCUGUUGUUUUAAGAGGAUAAAAAGGCUUGUAAGUGUCCGACUGUUACUCCUGAUUAUUACAAAAUAAGCACUCAUAGAACCACAAGGCCAGACAUCUCAAGGGUCACAUUAACUCAGAAUUCUUUGUUUGAUCACGCAGAAGAAAAAAGGUAAAACGCAUAAGAUACACUAAAAUGCUUCUUAUUGUAAUUUCUGCUCGGCAUCAGACUAAUUUUCUGCUUCAGUUGCAUUUCUCCACUCUGAUGACAAUUCAGGAACGGGCGUUCUAUCAGCAGACAGCGCUCUGAUGCGUAGCCUACUUUUCUCUGGUACUUUUCUCUGGUACUUUUCUCUGGUACUUUUCUCUGGUACUUUUCUCUGGUACUUUUCUCUGGUACUUUUAUCUGGUACUUUUCUCUGUGUAGCCUACUUUUCUCUGGUACUUUUCUCUGGUACUUUUCUCUGGUACUUUUCUCUGGUACUUUUAUCUGGUACUUUUCUCUGGUACUUUUCUCUGGUACUUUUCUCUGGUACUUUUCUCUGUGUAGCCUACUUUUCUCCAGUAAAAUGCAAGAUUAACUUUAAGCAAAACAUUAGAAAUAUGAUGGCCAUGCAUCGUUUUUGCAAAAAAAAAUACCUUGCUAUUUCAUUGUAAGCUCAUUUAACCUACUUGUGUGACUGCCAGCCAAAUAGCGUUGCACUUCUGUUGUCAUCUGAUGAAAAUGAAGCUAUUUUCUGCCGAACGUGUUGCACUAAUGUAUUUUCUGUGAAGGAAAACUAUAGAUGCACAUCCCUGAUCACUCUAAUGAAGCAAAAAAAGACUUGACUUUUAAUAUGAAAUGUAGGUGAAAUGGUUUAAAAUGCAGAUUUUUUUUGAUGGUCUGCGUUUAGAAAAUGCAGAUAUCUGACCUCAAAAGUAUUUGGUGUAUCUCUGUGUGUGUGUAACCAUGUGUUUGUGAAACCCUGUGCGUUUGUGUGUUUAUCUCUAACCCUGUGUGUGUGUGUGUUGCAGAGUGAGAUGGUACGGGAGCUGGACGGCCAUGUGUUGAAGUGUGUGAAGGAUCAGAACGGGAACCACGUGGUGCAGAAGUGUAUCGAGUGUGUUCAACCCCACGCACUACACUUCAUCAUAGACGCCUUCAAGGGACAGGUGGGUGACACACACACUCCACCAUACACACACACACACUCCACCAUACACACACACACUCCACCAUACACACACACUCCACCAUACACACACACACACACACCACCAUACACACACACACACACACACCAUCAUCAUCAUCUCCCACAGGGGACAGGUGGGUCACCAUGGUAAUGGAAACAGCAGCGCAGCGGCAGCCAUCUUCUAUCCACUGACUAAAUGUCAACAUUAGCAUAAAGCUUGUGUUUUUUAAAGAGGGAGCUAAUGCACUAUAAAUGGUUAUUUUAGCAUACACAAAGAUUGUCUGUAUGUCAGUCACAUUUGAUUGGGCUCUUGGAUUUUUACAAUGGUACCAAUUUCCACACAUGUUUUCCCUGUGUUUUUCAUUCCUACCCAUCAGAUAGUCAGUUGUGUAAAUGUUAGUGAUUGUUUGUCUAGCUGGUUAGGUAGGUUAUCAGGAAUGGACUUUCAUCUGUCUUUCACUGGUGUGCGUGUGUGUGUGGGCGGGCACCGGGUGUGUUUUUGUGUGUGUGUGGGAGCCGGGUGUGUGAAUGAGUGAACAAAGGUUUAAGGUGUAGGUGUGUGUGUCCGCAGGUGUAUAACGUGUGUGUGUGUGUGUGUGUGUCUCUGUGCAGGUGUUUGCCCUCUCCACCCACCCCUACGGUUGUAGAGUGAUCCAGCGUAUUCUAGAACACUGCCUUCCAGACCAGACCCUGUCCAUUCUGGAGGAGCUGCACCAACACACAGAACAACUGGUGCAGGUAAAAAAAAAAAAACGCUGCCGGUUUGACCGGUCAUUUUGUUGCAAAACUGUUGUUAAAAAUGCAUCUGCUGGUGUCAAGAUGAGGACAUUGUCAUCACACUGACAUUCUGGAUUGUGGUUUUGGCUGAAAACUGCUAGAGCUUGAAACUUGUUGAAACAAGUGUUCGGCCUUGCCAAGUAGCUAACGUAAAUGCUCAGCCUUGCCAAGUAGCUAACGUAAAUUGCUCAGCCCUUGCCAAGGUCGCUAACGUAAAUGCUCAGGCCUUGCCAAGUAGCUAACGUAAAUGCUCAGCUUGCCAAGUAGCUAACGUAAAUGCUCAGCCUUGCCAAGUAGCUAACGUAAAUGCUCGGCCUUGCCAAGUAGCUAACGUAAAUGCUCGGCCUUGCCAAGUAGCUAACGUAAAUGCUCAGCCUUGCCAAGUAGCUAACGUAAAUGCUCAGCCUUGCCAAGUAGCUAACGUAAAUGCUCAGCCUUGCCAAGUAGCUAACGUAAAUGCUCAGCCUUGCCAAGUAGCUAACGUAAAUGCUCAGCCUUGCCAAGUAGCUAACGUAAAUGCUCAGCCUUGCCAAGUAGCUAACGUAAAUGCUCAGCCUUGCCAAGUAGCUAACGUAAAUGCUCAGCCUUGCCAAGUAGCUAACGUAAAUGCUCAGCCUUGCCAAGUAGCUAACGUAAAUGCUCAGCCUUGCCAAGUAGCUAACGUAAAUGCAAAACUCUGCUCUUUCUCUCUCCUCUCCUUCUCUUUCUCUCUCUGCCAGGACCAGUAUGGUAACUAUGUGAUCCAGCAUGUGUUGGAACACGGCAGAGCGGAGGAUAAGAGCAAGAUAGUAGCUGAGAUCAGAGGAAACGUGCUGGGGCUCAGCCAACACAAGUUCGCCAGGUACACACACACACACACACACACACAUCAAUUAAUCACGUUGAUUUAUAAACCAUGUUGACAUCUUCGGUUGUCACAAAGUUACAGUCAACCUGUUGUAGCAGUGUACUAACCAACCUCCUCUCUCUCUGCAGUAACGUGGUGGAGAAGUGUGUGAGCCAUGCGUCGCGUGCGGAGCGGGCCGUGUUGAUAGACGAGGUGUGUAUCCUGACGGAGGGGCCCCACAGCGCCUUGUACACCAUGAUGAAGGACCAGUACGCCAACUACGUGGUGCAGAAAAUGAUUGACGUGGCCGAACCCACACAGAGAAAGAUCGUCAUGCACAAGGUAGGUGUGAAGUAGUUUGAGUGAGUGUUUUGAGGUAGUUUGAGUGAGUGUUUGAAGUAGUUUGAGUGAGUGAAAUUAUUUUUUAUUUGUAUUUAACCUUUAUUUUAUAACAGAGAAGACAUAUUGAGAUCUAGGUCUCUUUUACAAAUGCACCCAAACUACACUGAACAUAAAUAAACGCAACGUGUAAAGUGUGUUGGUCCCGUGUUUCAUGAGCUGAAAUAAAAGACCCCAGAAAUGUUCCAUACGCACAAAAAGCUUAUUUCUCUCAAAUUUUGUGUACACAUUUGUUUACAUCCCUGUUAGAGAGCAUUUCUCAUUUGCCAAGAUAAUCCAUCCACCUGACAGGUGUGGCAUAUCAAGAAGCUGAUUAAACAGCAUGAUCAUUAAAACAGUUGCACCUUCUGCUGGGGACAAUAAAAGGCCACUCUAAAAUAAUAUGUGUUGUUUUAUCACAUAACACAAUGCCACAGAUGUCUCAAGUUUUGAGGGAGUGUGCAAUUGGCAUGCUGACUGCAGAAAUGUCCACCAGAGCUGUUGCCAGAGAAUGUAAUGUUAAUUUCUCUACCAUAAACCGCCUCCAACGUCGUUUUAGAGAAUUUGGCAGUACGUCCAACCGGCCUCAUAACCGCAGACCACGUGUAUGGCAAUGUGUGGGCGAGCGGUUUGCUGACGACAACGUUGUGAACAGAGUGCCCCAUGGUGGGGUUAUGGUAUGGGCAGGCAUAAGCUACGGACAACAAGCACAAUUGCAUUUUAUCGAUGGCAAUUUGAAUGCACAGAUACCGUGACGAGAUCCUGAGGCCCAUUGUCGUGCCAUCCAUCCACCGGCAUCGCCUCAUGUUUCAGCAUAAUAAUGCACGACCCCAUGUCACAAGGAUCUGUACACAAUUCCUGGAAGCUGAAAAUGUCCCAGUUCUUCCAUGGCCCGCAUACUCACCAGGCAUGUCACCCAUUGAGCAUGUUUGGGAUGCUCUGUCAGCAUCCAGCCCAAUAUCAUUGUGAAUAGGCAUAGAACUUGUGGCAGAGAGGAGAAAGUAGAACCCUUAAGGGAUUUGACCGUUUUCCUGAAUUAACCGUGUUCCCAUUACAAUCGGUUACAUAAUAAUCAGAUUUAGCCUUUCAGAUUUGUUUUACACAAUGAUUCCUCAGUUGCUUAAAAGCUUUCCAUCUACCUUUUUAACCCUUCAUUUUUAGGGCCCAGAGUUUGUCAUGUUGAGAAGAAAGAGGUGGAUAUUGCAUGAGUGUCUGCAAUUGGGUGUCCUUAACCUUCUUUUUUAGGGAGCAGAGCUUCUCUGUGAGAGAGGGAAGAAGUGAAUAGAAAGAGUCCAUUGGGGUCUAUCUCUCUCUCUCUCUCCCUCUUUCCCCCCGUCUCUCCUCUCCCUCUCCCUCUCCCUCUCCCUCUCUCUCUGUCUGUCUGUCUCUCUCUGUCUCUCUCCGUCUCCGUCUCUCUCUCUCUCUCUCUCUCUCUCUCUCUCUCUCUGGCCAACCUCACCCCUCAGAUCCGGCCCCACAUCUCCACUCUGAGGAAAUAUACGUAUGGCAAACACAUCCUGGCAAAGCUGGAGAAAUACUACAUGAAGAAUGGAGUGGACUUGGGUCCUCUCUGUGGCCCUCCCAACGGCAUCAUGUAAACUACUACCCUUCCAACCCCUUGUUCACUACACCUUAACCCUUAGGGACAAGACAGAGCAACAGGAACGUCGGCCGUGCUCAGUAGAUCACCGGCUGAGUGUGGAGGAACGGUGGGUGAUUCUACAUGUAGGACGGCCACCCUCUGUGCGCAGCUGAAGUUGUGUUGGAAUGUCAUGUAUUUUUAUAUCAUAAGCCCUAGCCUAUAUAACCUACAUGAAAAAUGACAUCAUGUUAACUACUACCCCAUUAUAUCCCACACCCUACCACCCUAUACCCCCACCCCCUCUAUUCCCCUCUUAAUGAGAUAAUGUAAACUACUGCCCUACCCACAAUGACAUCAUGUAGAACCCUCUUUACCUACUCCAACCCCCCUCCUUUUCCCCUCCCACUCUUAUCGCCACGGUAACCCAUUGGUAGGAGCCUGUGUCUGAACAGGAAGGAAGCCUUGGUUAGUUUAGAGGGGGGGGGGGUGAGAUGCGUCCCGACCCUCCGUUACUUCUCCCCCUUUUUUUCUUUUUUCUUUAUUCGUCUUUUGAAUAAACUAGAAUCAUUUCACUUUUUUUUUUUUUGCUACUGCUGUGGCAUACACAGUUCUAUGUCAUAUCGCUAUUAUGGGAUGGAACAAACGUAUUUAAUUUGACUGACGUCGUCACCGAAUCAUAGUCACAAACAGACACAAGCCAUGCGCUUACCAGCAGAUCAUUUAGCAUGGGAGAUUAGUUUCCGGUCCUGCUUCCAUCUCUCUCUCUCUAUAUAUAUGUGUGUAUAUAUAUAUAUAUAUAGAGUGUAUACUUGGUGUAGACCUUUGCAUAUAUAUAUAUAAAAAACUUUGUAGUUUUUCUGGUUUUUGCUGUUGACUAUCUAUAAUGUAUCCUAGUAGUGAACACAUAUUUCUGACUGUAUAAUUGUACAUUUGUAAACCCUUGUAAUGUAAAAGUGAUUUACAACCGUUUUUGGUAUCGGACGAUAUAAAAAAAAAAAAAAAAAAAAUUCUUCUAAAAAAUUCUUCCAAAAGCUCUUGUGCAUUUCAGUGUAUAUUCUCACAUCCUUCGUUGUGACAUGAGUUGUUGUAUAUUGUAAAUUGUAAUAUCAAAUUUUUUGUUUUGAAAAGCCCUUUCUAUACUGCGUAGUACUUGUACAAAGCCCUCAACCCCCCUCACCCUCUGGUUUUAACUUCUACUCACUGCUUCAACAGAACUCACCUCCUCCCUGACCCCCGAACUACAGUGCAAACGCUGCGUGUCCGUUUACUAAACGUCCAGUAGCCACAGUUGAAACAAAUCCACUGAAAUCAACGAGACGUGGUUCACCAACAUGUCAGUAGUGAAGCAAGUCUUUUUACACUUCAAGUCUAUUUAAAAUGCAGAGAGAGAGAGAGAGACGUGGCGUCUGACUGAAGCAUAAACAACUGAUAAAAGUGACUUUGGUUUCCGCCUGUGCUGUAGCAGUCAAAACAUUAUUAUUACAGAACACGCAAGAUGUUUGUAGUAUAGUUUGGGGGUUGUAACCGCCACCACAGGACACACUGUUUGUAGUCAUGUCUGCUUUAACUUGAAGCUUUAUUUGUUUGUUUUUUUAGAUCUUUUAUAGGAAUGCUUUCCCCCUGUCUAAGGUUAGUGGAUGGGGUGAGGGGGUUUGAGUUUAAAGGUAGACUCAGUGAUAUGACAUCGUACACACCGGGGCAACUUCCGGCUUGCAGACAUCAACAACGGCCUAUUUCAAAUCUGCCAAGACUACCACUAUUGGUUCUUCUCUUGAGGCAUGACGCCCACAUUGAGAAGAGCCGUCAGUUGGCAGUCUUGGGAUAUAUGAUUUGUGUUGUUACUGAUGUCUGGAAGCAGGAAGUAGCUCCACUGUGUACUACGUCAUAUCGCUGAGUCUACCUCGAACCCCUCCACUCUCUCAGGGCACAGUGAAACCAUGGGUUGUACAAAAGAGUUGAGGAGCGUGGUGUGCUUUUGUUUUUUUGACCUAUAAUAUUCCUGUAAAAGUGAUGUAUCAUAAUGUCCAUGUCCCCCGGUAAAGGCCGGGCGUCUCCUGUCUUGCCGUCCGUAACCAUGACUAUUGUGGCGGCGGUGGGCAGCAGCACGUGUACAUUUGGAGCUGCGAGCCUUGUGUAUCUGAAUAGAAGCACCACCUGUAACCAUAAUGUGUAUAACUCUAACAGAAACCUGUGUGUGCUUGUUGCCUGGGCAACUAUUUUUUUGUAUCUCCUGUUGUAGAUUGUCUCUCUAAACAAUGAUGUGUGAUUCUUUAUUUUGAAACAAAACUGAACAAAAAAACUCAAAAUUUGAACUGUGGUUUGGAGUGGUUUGUCUGUGAUUUGUGUUGGGUAACAUCCUCACCACCCCCGAGAAUGCAGAGUCACUUGUCCUACUAGCACUGAUUUUAAGCUGAUAACUGCUUUAUUGAGGAAAUAUUUACAACAGGUCCUAAGGCACAAGGACCCAGUUUGGAAAUCCCUGAUUUACACAAUUGAUUGUGAUAUGUGGUUCCACCUAGUGACAUUUAGGAUGAUUCAUUAUCUGAAAUGAUUGAUUGGUUUCUAUUGAUUCAUUGAUUGGUUUGAUCAUUUAAGAGUACACAUAUAGCCCUUUCACUGCAGAGUGAUUUGAUUAGCCUAUCAUGAUAAAACAGAUCUAGCCAAUAAUCCUAUAGAAGAAUAUAAUAGUUGAAUUUUAUUGUCAUCCAAGAAGGGAAUCUCUUUUUUUUUUUCAGACUGGCUGCAUUUACACAGGCAGCCCAAUUUAUGAUAUUUUGCCCAAUUAUUGGCAAAAGAGCUGAUCUGAUUGGUCAAAAGACCAAUUGGUGGAAAAAAACAAACCAACAACAGCAGACUUGAUGAGGCUACUUUGUAUUAGGGGAAGGGAAUCUGGAAAGACUUUGUAUAGGCCUAAUUGUGGUGUUUUCUAAUAGGCUUACUUGUAAUAAUUUCAUUUUAAAUUGGCCUUUCUUACAAUUAUUUGUUAAAUAUUUAACCAAACCAUUAAAUCAAAAGACACUCCUGUAGAAAAUCUGAUUUAUUAGCGUUGUGUUUCAAUAGAAAGUGUCUACCUCCUGUCCUUCCCCUGCUCGACUGUUCUGUAUACAAAGGACAUGUGAGACAAAAUGGCAGGAGAAGGGGGAGGUCUCAUGGGAACGUGCCCUCACAUGCCCAAUAAUGAUAGGCCAAUGUCAGCUCACCUCAAUAUGAUGGAAUGGGAAAAGAGGUCAGUCUGGGUCAUUAUUCAGUGGUAGAGAAUAGGCAACAUAGAAAAACGUUUAUAAACACAUCGCAAUUGAUUGACCCUCCUUCAUUGGGCAAGUUCAAGUUGAUAAAUGUUUUAAAAAAUUGUCUAGGCUACUGAACGCGACCCUGUAGAAUUAGUUGAUAUGUUGGCGUGAAAGCCCUCGGUUAUUAUUUUUCGGUUGGAAAACGGGGCCAGUAGCCAGAUGGUCUGGGUGGUCUCGAGCACACCGGAGACCCACUGAACACAGACACGCCCCCUAUAACCUACUGGAGCUGCGCCCUGCAGUGUAGAAUGCGCCCUACCUCGGCCCCCGGUGCUGUUUCGUUGGGAGGUGUGUGUCAGGGGCGGGGAUGGAAGAGCCUGAGGGUGCCUAUUCGGGCUGCAGGGGGCAUCCUCGCCUCGCCCACCAGAGGAGAUCCCCCCCCCCCCUCCUCCUGAUACACACACACACACACACCACCUCCUUCUGCCAGACUGACUCUACCAGGCUCGUCCCUAGUUACCACAGCCACAAAGUCAUAAACUCCGCCUAUUUCUACAAUUUCUCUUAAAUGUCUUAUUUUAUAUUUCACCACACUGCUAACCUUAAGCCGAACCCUCGCCUUGAGUUAAGACCAAAAAGCUAAUUUUUGUUUUCAUGCAGUUUUACGAUAUUCACCGUUUUUACUUUGUGGCUGUGGUAACUAUAGUGAAAACCCUCUCUCUCCCAGGCCGACCCGCGUCGCCAUACGGAACAUCAGAGAGCUGAGGGCUGGCGUCUCCUGGUAGUAAAUCUAUCAGGUCUCGAGCACAUAAAGUCCAAACGAGGGGGACAAAGAGAAAAGUGCCUCCCUCGCAGGAAGGAGUCUCCCAUCCUUUUAAACCUGGUUCUAUUACCGGAGAGAGGACACGCGAGGGUUUAGCGUUUUACGGAGACGGAUUAAUAAAACGCCAGACGGAUGUUCGGGAGGAGGUGUGGUGCGCUCUGAAGUUGGAAACUACUGCCUACCGAAUACCGAGAGAGGAGAGAAGCGCUUUUGUUUCCCCGUGAAGGCUCGCGCCCCCCAUCCACAGCAUGAAGCUGCCGCCUUGUUUGAUGGCGCUCAUCGCGGCACUGCUCGCUCACUCCGCGCUGGUAAGGGCACGAGACUGCCGGGUCCUUUGUGUAUUCUACUGAGGUAUUGUUACAUUUAUACCAAUGAAUCACCUCGAUGGACUGGGAAAACCGGGAUCUAGGGUUCCAUAGCAUAGGAUAUUGAUAGGCUAUGGUUUUGAAAUGUGUGUGGUGUUAGUGGUUAAUGAGGUAGCUUUGUGUGUGUGUGUGUGUGUCUGCUGCUCCGUGGUCCGGUAGUAAAUGUUGGACUCGACCCACAUUUGGUCGCGAGCCGCUCGUGACUCUCGUGUCUAUCUCGCGGCCCCAGUCUCCGGGGUAUUUGUGUCUCCGAGACGGCGGGGAGGCUGUACUCCGAGCUGUGUGUAAUUAGCGGGUCUGUUCUGAUUGAGGUUAUUAUGGGCUGUUUGGUGAACUGCUCUUGUGACGUCUGUUUCGCUAACUCACAUCCGUCCCCCAGUAAUUCAGCUCGAGCCUUUUUAGGCUACUGCGGUGGGGUUUCGAUUGGCUGCCCUGUGUAUAUAUGCGGGUGUUGGUGUCUUUUUCAGAUACUGAGGUGAGGGCCGGCCUGGAGUUAACGGGGUCCUGUCCGUUGAGGAUGGGUGAGAGACCCUGGGGCUUCUCCGGUAACCGGAGGGUGUGA